CCCUUCCCGCCGCGCGGCGCUUCCGUGCUCGGCGCCGCCCGUUCCGGGCCCGUCUCCUUAGGGCCCCCAGGCUCGGUGGCGGCAGCGGCGGCACUGCAUGACCAUAACUGAACAAUGUCUGUCCCACGUGGAGCUGUCCAUGCAAAAUGGAUAGUGGGGAAAGUGAUUGGGACCAAAAUGCAGAAAACUGCCAAAGUGAGAGUGACGAGGCUCGUGCUGGAUCCCUACUUGCUAAAGUUCUUUAACAAAAGAAAAACCUAUUUUGCCCAUGACCCACUGCAGCAGUGUGUUGUUGGAGACAUUGUUCUUCUGAAAGCUCUGCCUGAGAGAAGGGGCAAACACGUGAAACACGAACUGGCUGAAAUUGUGUUCAAGGUUGGCAAUGUCAUAGAUCCCAUCACAGGAAAGCCCUGUGCAGGAACCAGAUUCCUGGAAAACCUGUCAGAUUCAGAAAAUCUCACCGAGGCAGAUACCACCUAUCUAAGUGAGAAACUUCAGGAACUUAAAGUUUGUUCAACAGACAAAUAGUGGGGGAAAUAUUUUAAGCAGAGGGCUUCCAGCUUUUGUCUCUCUUUGUCAGGGAUGUUUGAGGCCCUGCUGUGUUAUGUUAAAUGUUUCAGUGAAAUCUGUAGUCAAAAUAAAUUGUAAAUGUAGUUGCUUAUGCAAAGGGAUGUUGCAGAUUGAUGGGCACCUGGAGCUUUGAAUGAAAAUACAGAGAAAAAUGCAAGUUUAGUGUUCACACUUCAUUUUGUUGCCUGUAGUUUUGCCCCAGUGACAGUUCCCAAAGGCAUCUGCCCUCCUGGAUUGACCUCUCUAUGUUUAGACAAGACUACAACCGUGUGAUGUUUAAUUUUGGUGGGAGGGUCAUUCUAUUAUUUGGUUGUUCUGUAUUUCAGGCAGUCUUUUGUGGUUUAUAGGGUUACUGGAGAUGAUGCUAUUAAAGCUUUUGAAAGGAAGUGUAGAAUUUUAAAACCA